UGAAUUCUAGACAUAUGGACUAAAUCUGAAGACCUAGUUUGUAGUUGCCCUAAAAAUUUGCUCUUAAUGGGCUGGUUUUGGUGUAGGCAACCUUCAGGCUCUGUUUUGGACAUGUCUAGUCUAGGUCGAACAAUCCAAUUCGGUGGUGAUCCAAUAAGGGCCAUAGAAAUUCAAGAUUUGGUUGGAAUAUAAGAGCAUUCAAUGGUCACUCAGUACUCUAAUUAAGCUAUCCAGCCGAUUGACAUUCUAAUCUACCAAGAAAAAACUGAAACUUGACAGGAUUUGCAGAGACUGUAAUAGUUAUAAAUAAAUAAUCCAGAAAAUAUACAACCAUGGAUUAUCAGAAGUCAAAAGCCGUUAACCUUCGAUCAUCGCCCCACAGCGGAGAGAUGGGCGAUUCAAAGGUGGAAACCAUUGCCAGACAUGCCCAGUGGAAAAUCGAGAGCUUCGGGCCAACAACUGCUUACAAAAGAUCCGAUCUUUUCAAAAUGGGGAUAUGGAAUUGGCACUUGUUAGUGGAGAGGAGCUGGUCUACAUUCAUCCGGCUUUUCCCCGAACCGUCCCGGGUUUCCAAGGAGCAGCCGCCCGUUGCCCGGUUCGUCUUACGUGUCACCAUCCCCAGCUCCAAUUACAGAUCCUUCGUCUUCCCCGUUCAAGAGAGACUCCUACGAACGAAAGAUGACUUCUCUUGCCCUGUGGAAGUGAACGGCCAAGCUCGUUUAGUCAUUGAUGUCGAGUUUAUGGACCUUAAAAUCUCCUCUCCGAAUGGGGGAGAGAGAAGUUCAAUAUGGCCCGGCAAUGGCGAUAGCAAUGGCACAAUGCAGCAUCGAGCAGCACAAACCAGCCUGAGAUGCCUCUCUCGAAUGCUCGACGAAACCAUUCAUACAGAUGUUACCAUCAAUACUGCUGAUGGGCAGCUGCAAGCCCACAGAGCAAUCAUCUCUUCGAGCUCCCCUGUUUUUCACAGCAUGUUCGAGCCCGAUGAUCUAAAUGAUAGAGAAUGGUCAUCGUCGUCAUUGUCCUCCUCCACCAUUGAUAUCCAAGACAUGACGAGCGAGUCCUGCUCUGCGCUUCUUCAUUACCUGUAUGGAUCCCUGAACAAGGAAGAAUUCUGGAAGCACCGGUUGGCAUUGUUGGGCGCCGCAAACAAGUACGAUAUGGGAGACUUGAAGGAUGCCUGCAUCGACAGCCUUGUUGAAGACAUCAACUCCGGGAACGUGCUGGAACGGCUGCAGCAGGCUUGGCUGCACCAGCUGAGUAAGCUGAAGGAAGGCUGCUUGAUGUAUCUGAUUGAUUUCGGCAAAAUUUACGAUACUAGAGAUGGGAUGAAUGAUUUCUUGAGGAAAGCUGAUCCCCAACUUGUGGUAGAGGUGUUCCAAGAAUUGCUUGCAGUUUGGAAACCGACAUGAUUAUGAUUAAUUCCAAUUGCAUUGUUAUAUGUACAAACACUCCUCACUAAUACUGUGUAAUAAGGAAAGUUUUUGGGAUGGAAGGUUGGUGGUUAGUGCAAUUAGAGCUGUUAUGCAUACUUAAAGCUCAACUUGUUAAAGGAGGUUUGAAUUGGACUUGAGGUUCACUGUUGAUUUUUUGGCCGUUGUGAACCAUCGGAAAGUGUACGUACGGUAGUAGUUGUAGUAGUAGAUUGAAUAAGAAAUCGAAUCAGAUCACAAAU